CGGCGGGCGGCAGAGGGCAGCACCAUCGCCUUCAGUCCUUUCCCGGGAGGAGCAGCGCCGAGACCGUGCAAACACCAACCACCACCACCACCACCACCACCAUGCCAGAGUUGACAGAGAUCGAGAAGACCUUCCCACCAGCGGCCGAGGCGGCAGAGGAUCCCGAAGCUGGUUCAGGCUCUGACUCAGAUGCCUCAGAAGAAUCCCUUCCGGAGCUGGAGCAGGGCGGAUCUGCCACAGCUCCCACGGUCACAGAGUCAGCCAAGGCUGUCAAGCAGAGUCGGUCAGAGAAGAAGGCGCGUAAGCUUAUGUCCAAGCUGGGCCUCAAGCAGGUGCCUGGUGUGAACCGUGUCACCAUCAGGAAGAGCAAGAACAUCCUCUUUGUCAUAAACAAGCCCGAUGUGUUCAAAAACCCCGCCUCCGACACCUACAUUGUGUUUGGAGAAGCCAAGAUUGAGGACAUGAGCCAGCAGGCCCAGAUGGCAGCUGCCGAAAAGUUCAAGGAGCCCACCACCAACCCAGCUGCCGACACUGCUGCCCACACCACAAUACCGGCAGCUAUACAGGAGGACGAGGAAGAGGAUGAUGAGGAGGUGGACGAGACUGGCCUGGAGGAGAAGGACAUUGAACUGGUGGUGUCGCAGGCUAAUGUCUCGAGAGCUAAAGCCAUAAGAGCACUAAAGAAGAACAGCAAUGAUAUAGUAAAUGCUAUCAUGGACCUAACGAUGUGAUGAGGCAGUGUGGCGCAUAACGGACCCUCAGAACACUUGAACAACCAAUUGACUACCGUUACAGUUAAUUGAUACUAUUAUAUAUACGGUAUAUUAAAACGAUUUGUGUGAUACUUGUGUUUGCUUUGUAACUUAAAAAUUGACAAAAAAAAGGAAAUAGAUCUAUAUUCUGUACAUUACAAAUUGGCUGACAUGCAGGGCCUUUUAUUUUGGCUCUUCAUAAUGUAUGUACGUAGGUCUCUGUGCCUCUUCCUCCUCGGCACUUGGAGCUCUGUCCACUCAUCCUAAUAAUAGUAUGUAUUCCACCACCAAUUAAACUAUUAUGGAUUA